AUGGGUGUCAGCCUUGUGGUGGUGGAGGUGGAGGUGGGAGUUGUGCUCCUUGUGGUGUCUGGAACUGCCUUCCCUCAUCGACUCAACCUCUUCUACUUGGCCAACGACGUCAUCCAGAACUGCAAGAGGAAAAACGCCAUCGUCUUUCGUGACACCUUUGCUGAGGUUCUCCCUGAAGCUGCUUCCUUAGUCAAGGAUCCAUCUGUUUCCAAAUCUAUUGAAAGAAUCUUCAAAAUCUGGGAGGACAGAAACGUGUACCCUGAGGAAACCAUUUUGGCACUUAAGGAAGCUCUGAGUACCACUUUCAAAACUCAGAAGCAGCUGAAAGAAACUCUGAACAAACAACCGAAUAAGCCGUGGAAGAAAUCACAAACCUCCACCAACCCGAAAGCUGCUCUGAAGUCCAAGAUUGUUGCUGAAUUCAGACCCCAGUCUCUGAUUGAUGAGCUGCUGUUGUACAAACGCUCGGAAGACCAGAUUGAGCUGAAGGAGAAGCAACUUUCCACCAUGAGGGUGGAUGUUUGCAGCACGGAGACACUCAAGUGCUUGAAAGACAAAACAGGAGGCAAGAAGUUCUCCAAGGAGUUUGAAGAAGCCAGUUCUAAGCUGGAAGAGUUUGUCAAUGGUUUGGACAAGCAAGUGAAAAAUGGUCCCUCACUCACUGAAGCUCUGGAGAACGCUGGGAUAUUUUAUGAAGCUCAGUACAAGGAAGUCAAGGUGGUUGCAAACGCUUAUAAAACGUUUGCCAAUCGAGUGAGCAACCUAAAGAAGAAGCUGGACCAGUUGAAAGCAACUCUUCCUGAUCCAGAGGAGUCUCCUGUUCCUUCUCCAAGCAUGGAUGCUCCAUCUCCAACGGGCUCUGAGUCCCCUUUCCAGGGGAUGGGGGAAGAGGAGGGUUCCCGCUCUCCGGGGGCUGGAACCCGCAAGGUGGUGUCUCCAGAACCUGUGACAGAUAAUCGGGACGUGGAGGACAUGGAGCUCUCUGAUGUGGAGGAUGAUGCCUCUAAAAUCAUUGUGGAGGAACGGAAGGAGAAGCAGGCAGCUCCAGCUCCAGCCCCAGCACCUCCCAAGACUGAAAGUGUCCCCAAGACUAUGCCUCCCACUGCCACAGCAGGGGCCACCCCCGUGACAGUGACCCCCCCAGCCCCGGCUCCCGCCGCUCCCAAGGCCGUCGGCGCCGCGCCCGUCCCAGCACCAGCCCUGGCCCUGCCCAACCUGGCCAACGUGGACCUGGCCAAGAUCAGCUCCAUCCUGAGCAGCUUAACUUCUGUCAUGAAAAACACAGGUGUCAGCCCGGCCUCCAGACCUUCUCCAGGAACCCCCACGAGCCCAACAGCUCUUACCAGUGGCCUGAAGACUCCUGUCCUGGGGGCACCAUCUGCUCCUUCCAACCCUUUAGCAAAUAUUCUCUCCAAAGUGGAAAUAACUCCUGAAAGUAUUUUGUCUGCUCUCUCCAAAACCCAGACUCAGACAGCACCAGCACUGCAAGGUUUGUCAUCCCUGCUGCAGAGCGUGGCUGGGAACACGGCUCAGCCCAGCGAAGCGGCGCCGAGCGCGGCGGCAUCGCCGGCCAACGCCCCCGUUCCCUGCCUGAAGGGCAGGAAUGUCCCUUCCAACCCUCAGCCCUUCAUAGCCAAGAGUUUUGGUUACUCUCCAAGCUCAUCCACUGCUGAGGUUUCCUCCACUUCGGUCACCAAGGCUCCUGUUGGACACACCCCAGGGCUCUCAAGCUCCGGUUUUAAGCCGCCAAGUAAUUCCCUGGGAUUUCCCACCUCCCACCCCACCAGCCCCUCUUCCCUUUUGCCACCAGAACCAUCCCUGGCUCAAUCCACGGAAAUUCCAAAAGCCAAGCUGGAGUCGGAGCCCCCUUCUCCAAGCCUGGAGAUGAAGAUCCACAAUUUCCUGAAGGGAAACCCUGGCUUCAGUGGCCUCAACUUGAAUAUUCCCAUUCUCAGCAGCCUGGGCUCCAGCAUCCCCGCGGAGAGUCACGCGUCCGACUUCCCGCGCGGUCCCACCAGCACUUCCAUGGACAACGUGGACGGAACCCCCGUGCGCGACGAGCGGAGCGGGACGCCCACCCAGGACGAGAUGAUGGACAAACCCACCUCCAGCAACGUGGACACUAUCUCCCUGCUGUCCAAAAUCAUGAGCCCUGGAUCUUCUACUCCCAGCAGCACCAGGUCUCCUCUGCAGAGCCGGGAUGAUGGAUAUUCCCAGGAAAUUCCCAACUCUGUGCACACCUACCGGCCCUUUGGCCUGGGCAGAGACUCUCCGGCCGGUCGGUACAAGCCACCUGCAGACAGCCUGGAGAUCCCUUCCUCUUUGAUGGACUCCUCCCAGGAGAAGUUUUACCCAGACACAUCUUUCCAAGAAGACGAAGAUUACCGGGACUUCGAUUACUCGGGCCCGCCACCGUCGGCCAUGCUGAACCUGGAGAAGAAACCAGCCAAAUCCAUCUUGAAAUCCAGUAAACUCUCAGAAACUGGAGACUACCAGCCAGUCCUAUCCAGCUACGCUCCAAGAUCCCAGGAGUUUGGUGUCAAAUCAUCCUUCCCUCAAUCCAUGAGGUCCAUCCUGGAGCAGAGCGAGAGCUGCGACCCGCUGGGAUCCUCCCCGGGGAUCUACGGGAGCUACGGCCUCCGGGGCAGCGACUCCACCACGGAUGGUUCCCCCUCUCCCAGCAAGAACGAGGUGUUUUUCACCCCAGAUUCCAACCACAACACCCUGCCCAAGGCCGUGGUGCACUCGGGCCUCUCGCAGAAGCAAUACCCGGACUCUCCCCACUCUGUUCCUCACCGUUCUCUUUUCCCUUCUCCAAACCCCCUCUCCAGCCCUGCUGGCAGAGUCCCCACCACCAACGUGGAGAAAUCUUUGGCUUCUUCCAUCUCAGCCACUUCCACCAUGGAAUUCAAGAACAUGCUGAAAAACGCUUCCCGGAAACCAUCCGAGGAGAAGCAUUUUGGGCCACUUUCCAAAAACUCCGGUGAGGGGGGGAAUUUAUCCAGUGCUGCCAAGGGGGAGGCUCAAGAGGAGCACUAUAGGAUCGAGACCAGGGUCUCCUCCUCCUGCUUGGACCUUCCUGACAGCACGGAGGAGAAAGGAGCUCCCAUCGAGACGCUGGGAUACCACAACGCCUCCAGCAGGGGGAUGUCGGGAGAGCCCAUCCAGACGGUGGAAUCCAUCCGUGUGCUGGGGAAAGGGCCGCGGGGACGGGAGGCCAAUCGGGCGACCGGUUGGUUCGAGAUGGGAGGAGGCACCUCUGGCUUUGACAACGGCCCCUCGGGCACUUCGGAGCUGCCCGGG